UUUUAUUAGAGAGAGAGCCGUUAGAGAAAAAGAAUAAGAAGAAAAAGAAAAGCACAGAACGUUAAGAGAAGAAGAAGAAAAAAUGGCGACAAACAUUGGAAUUAUGGACGCUGCAUACUUCGUUGGUAGAUCUGAGAUACUCGCUUGGAUCAAUUCAACUCUUCAACUCAAUCUCUCCAAAGUCGAAGAGGCAUGUUCAGGUGCUGUUCACUGCCAGCUUCUUGAUGCCGCUCAUCCUGGAAUCGUGCCGAUGCAUAAGGUUAAUUUCGAUGCUAAGAAUGAGUAUGAAAUGAUUCAGAACUAUAAGGUGCUUCAAGAUGUAUUCAAUAAACUGAAAAUCACAAAGCACAUUGAGGUGAACAAGCUAGUGAAAGGAAGACCACUGGAUAAUCUAGAGUUCAUGCAAUGGAUGAAAAGAUACUGUGAUUCCGUUAAUUCCGGACAGCACAAUUAUAAUCCUUUGGAGAGGAGAGAGGUAUGCAAAGGAGGAAGGGAAGUGAGUAAAAAAUCUGCACACUCUCAACCCUCAAACAAGGGUGGUUCUACUGCACAGAGGCCUCCAUCUUCCCAUGCUCGAAGGAAUGAUGUUUCGUCUACUGGAAACCCUGCAAAUCAAGCUGCAAAAGUAACAAGGCCUUCACCUGCUGCUGCUGCUGCACCUGCAUAUGAUGAACAGAUAACAGGAUUGAAGUUAUCUAUUGAUAGCCUUGAGAAGGAAAGAGAUUUCUACUUUGCAAAACUUAGAGACAUUGAAAUACUCUGUCAGACUCCUGGGAUAGAGCAUUCACCGGUUUUUGCAGCAAUACAGAAGAUAUUGUAUGCUACAGAUGACAAUGGAAAUGAGUUGGCUGAAGCACAGGCUAUGAUUUCUGGUUGUUUGCAGGAGCCAGAGCCAUUGAGCCCUAUUGCUGAGGUUUCUGAGGAGAAGAGCAGCUCUGAAACUCACAAGAGAAAGAUUAUUACCAAUCCUGAGUUUGAUGCUGCUGGCAGCGCUAAUUUGUCUCCUAGACAAAGGCUUUCUGAUGUUUCGGACGUUCACCAUAGCGGGUCACCUCUCAUGACUUGUUAAAGAAGGAAAAUUAGAGGAGUACUGUUUUGGUUACUGUAAUUUCUGAUUAUGUGUUGAGUGACAAUAAUUGUGACAAUUAUAUGUGGGUUCUAGUCUUUUAUGUCAUGAAUAUGGUAUAUGGUAUAUGUUGAUCCAGAAAUAUAGCUAUGAUUAUGCUUGGACUUA